AUGACAUCGUUCCCAUUAACUACUGGCGCCUUGAAGAAGGCCUUUUCAAAAGAUGGCCAUGACAAAGUUAAAUGUCCUUUGAUUUUCCAAGUAACUAAUUUGAAAUCGGUCAACACCAUGAACAAUCUGAAAAAAUAUCGUAUUUUACUAUCUGAUGGCGUUUACUCCACCCAGGGAAUUAUUGAAGAGAAAUGCACUCCAUACUUGGAGAACAACAACUGGAGCAGGUACUGUACCAUCCAAGUAAACGCAUUCCGCACCUUGGCUACUGCUAAACAUUUUUUGAUUAUUGAAGAUGUUGAGAUUUUGUCACCUACCGGAGAGAAACCAACCACGCCAUUGAUCAAUGUUGAUACUUAUUUUGCUGAGCAUCCAGAGGAAGCGGCAUUGUCUAUUACGAAGAAGCAAAACUCACUGGAUGAUAAGGAACAAACACCUGGCGCAGGUACUCCUCCGGUUGCACAAUCUACUGCAUCAGCAGCAUCAGCAGUCAAGCAACAACAGUAUCCUCCACUGAAAGCUGGUCAGCCUGCACCAAGAAUUUCGCCCAUCGAGACUAUCUCUCCAUAUCAAAAUACAUGGACUAUCAAAGCGAGGGUGUCAUACAAGGGUGAACUCAGAUCCUGGUCUAAUGCAAAAGGUGAAGGAAAAGUGUUUAGUGUUAACUUUUUGGAUGAAUCAGAUGAGAUCAAGGCUUCGGCAUUCAACGAAUCGGCCGAAAGAGCUUACAAUUUGCUUGAAGAAGGUAAAGUGUACUACAUUUCCAAGGCCAAAGUGGGAGCAGCAAGAAAGAAGUUCAACAACUUGACCCAUCCAUAUGAAUUGACUUUGGAAAAGGAUACUGAAAUUUCCGAAUGUUUUGAUGAGUCGGACGUGCCUAAAUUGAACUUUAAUUUUGUCAAGUUGGACAAGAUCCAAAACUUGGAACCUAAUGCCAUCAUUGAUGUGUUGGGAGCUUUGAAAGUUGUUAAUCCACCUUUCCAAAUCACAGCAAAAUCCACUGGGAAAGCUUUCGAUAGGAGAGAUAUUACUAUUGUUGAUGAGACAGGGUUUGCGGUUGACGUUGGUCUUUGGAACAACACUGCCGUUGACUUUAGCAUUGAAGAAGGCACUGUUAUUGCAUUCAAAGCAUGCAAAGUGUCUGAUUUCAAUGGUAGAUCGUUGAGUUUGACUCAAGCUGGAUCAAUAGUGCCCAAUCCAGGAACUCCAGAAAGUUAUCAAUUGAAAGGCUGGUUUGACAAUAUCGGAACCAAGGAGAAUUUCAAGUCAAUGAAGACAGAGACGAAUGCUACAUCGUCUAUUGACAGAUUAGCCAAUCGUAAAACCAUUGCUGAGGUUGAAGAAGAGUCAAACAACAUGAGUGGCGAGAACCUGGGCUAUUUCACAGUCAAGGCAUCUUUCUCAUACACAAGGCCGGAAAAUUUCGCCUAUGCUGCUUGUACCAAUAUCAUUUCCAACAACACUGACUCUUCCAAGCCUGGAUUACCAUGUAACAAGAAACUUGUUCAAGUCAAUGACCAAUGGAGAUGUGAACGAUGCGAUUUGAACUACGACGAACCAACAUACCGUUACAUCCUAUACAUAUCAAUCACCGAUGCAACAGGACAGUUGUGGACUACAUUAUUUGACGAGCAAGCCAAGAGAUUAUUAGGAGUAGAUGCCAAUGAGUUGAUGAAAAAGUCACACGAGAAGAUGCUCGUUGCGGAGUAUAUAUCAAGAGCGUAUUUCAAGGAAUACAAUUUCAGACUUAGAGCCAAGCAAGACACGUUUAAUGAUCAGUUGAAACUUAGGUAUCAGUGUGUUGGAUUGAGUGAAAUUGACUUUAAUGCGGAAUGUGACUUUUUGUGCUCAGAGUUGGAUUCCAUGUUGGCGUAA